AUGUCUUACCAGCAACCUUACCAGCAGCCUCCUCCUCCCCAGGGAUACUACCCUCCCCCUGGCGGCCAAUAUCCUCCUCCCCAGCCGAUGCAGUACCAGCAACCCCCACCCCAGGAGGAGAAGAAGGAUCGUGGUUGUCUGACCGCCUGUCUGAUGGCCAUGUGCUGUUGCUUCCUCUGUGAGGAGACCUGCGAAUGCUGUAUUGAUGGUCAACAUAUUUCGCGAUCCUUUCGAAAUCCUGCCUUGGCCAUUGCAACUGCCUUCUUCGUCGCUGUCUCAGUCGAUCGCAAUCAUUCCAACCGAAAUUUGGUCCUCAUGGGCACGCUAUGCAUUACAAGAAGUAUUCGCUGGGUCACGGCGACAGGUCAAAUGCGGGAUAUGGUUGAUUUCAGGCGGAUCCAGUGCGCGUUUCGGUCAAAUCUCGGGGUAGAGAUUCUCGACGAUGCGACUCGGCCGGUUUUCAUCGGUAUCGCAGCAUUCGGUCGAGAGGACACGCACAUCGCUCAAUUUGACGCGUCUGGAGCAUAG